CUCAUUUGGUAUGUCAUUAUGACAAUUUUUUCACGAAGGCAACAUUUAGUGAUUAGUCACUUUGCUUGGUUCACCAAAAUUUUGUUUUCCUGCUUAAUUUCCGUUAAAAACGCCUGUUUAUCCAUAUUAAAGUGUAAUUAACAUAUCAUAUUAUCAAAAUGUCGUCCCGCAAGACCGCCGGCCGUCGUGGCACGAACAAGAAGCGCGCCCAGCGUGCCACCUCCAAUGUGUUUGCCAUGUUCGACCAGGCGCAGAUCGCAGAGUUCAAGGAGGCCUUCAACAUGAUUGAUCAGAACAGAGACGGAUUUGUUGAUAAGGAUGAUCUGCAUGACAUGCUCGCUUCUCUUGGUAAGAACCCGACAGAGGACUACUUGGAAGGCAUGAUGAACGAGGCCCCGGGCCCCAUUAACUUCACUAUGUUCCUAACUCUCUUCGGUGAACGUCUGCAGGGCACGGAUCCAGAGGAUGUCAUUAAGAAUGCCUUCGGCUGCUUCGACGAAGAAAACAACGGAGUCAUAAACGAAGAGCGUCUCCGCGAGCUCCUCACCACAAUGGGCGACCGUUUCACCGACGACGACGUCGAUGAGAUGCUACGAGAGGCGCCUAUCCGCGACGGGCUCUUCGACUAUGUGGAGUUCACACGUAUACUUAAACACGGAGCUAAGGACAAGGAUGAGCAGUAAGGGAGACGAAGGUGGUUUUAUAAAGCUGUAAGGUACUUUUUUACAAGUGUUAUAUCUGGGGCCCAUUUCUCAAAACUGAAAGUUACAAGUUACAAGCGAAGUCUCUUUCCAACUUGUCAUAUUAGACAUUGACUUGACCGCUUGUAAAUUGUAACUUGUAGAUUCGAGAAAUGCGCCCCUGGUCCUAACUGUAAUAGAUCCAUUAGUCUCCAAGAAAAUAUGCUAUAAUUAUUUUGAAUGGGUUAGUAACAUGUUACAUGAAGAGACUAACCCGUUAACCCUUUUCCAGGGGGUUUUCUCUAAAAUCCUGAAGAUUGACUCGAAUUCCAAAUAUAUUCCAAAUAACAUAGCUUUGAGGGUUCAUUUGAAGAGAAGUUACAUUUCCUGAAAGUACAAUCUAAUUUGUACUUUAAAUCAGAUUCCUUAAGUUUAAAUUUUAUUCGUCGAUAAGUUUUAUUGUGCCUAAAAAAAGUAUAAAUCAUUAUAUGUGGUUUAGUUAACUUAUAAGUGCCUUUUUAUCAACAACAAAAGCACUUCAAUGACCGAGAUAUAAUACUUGUAAACUAUUUACUUUUAGCUUUAUAAAGUAUGGUUAGCCAGGUUGGAUUUACAAGUAAUACAGGUAACCAUAGUUUAAAAACUAAGGACAUAUUUUAAUGUACUGUACUAAGACCGAGUUUAUAUGAAACUGAUUCUAUGUGUUAUAUUUAUAAACUAAGUAUGAUGUUGACAUCUAAAGCUGUACAGUAAAAUUACCUUGAAUAAUGAAGACAAUAUUUUUUCUCUCGAAGAAACAUUUAUUUCUUCAGUCAUUGUUUCCACCGUAUACUCAGAAGUAAUGAUUUCUGUUGACAUCUGAAUUGUUUUAACUGACAUGAUUAUCUCUGCCAAAAGAUAUAGUAUUGUCAUAAAUAUAAAGUUGCUUAAUAAACUUCGUAGAUAUAUUUUAGUCAGCACUUCUAUAGUUUAGGCACAAAAUGAAUAUGAUUUUUUUUUAAGCAUCAAGUUUACUUGUCAAUCCAAACUUUACAUCUAACGAGUAUAUUUUUUAGAUUUUUAUAUAUUGCCAAACUAAAAAUUGUUAUAAGACAAGUAACCGUUUUAGAUUAUAAGUUUUAAGUUGAUGUUUAUAUGGAUUAUAAAAUCUCUAAAGGUACUGCGGUGCUAAAAUAUAGUACUUAUGAUAUACAUUGCAUUUUAUAAGUUAUGCAUUUCUUUGAAAUUAUAAUUCCGUUUUGGACCAUUAAUAUAAGUUUGGCCGAAUCUAAAUCAUUUCCAAUUAUAUGAUUUUAAAGUAGUUUAAAACUUCUGUAGAAAGUGAUUAGUUGAAAGUAUUAAAUCAUUCCUAGAAUUAAAUUUGGCUGGAAAAUGAAGUAUAUUUUAAGUUAAGACGACUUUUGUUUAAAUUAUGAAUUAUUUUCCGAGAAUAUAACGUUAGUCUAACCAGCGUGUAUCUAAAUAUUAUGUAAUCAUGUAUGUAUUUAUUUGAUCUUAACAUAAUAAACUCUCUAUCCCAUA